AUGCCAUGGCUCCUGUACCGCUGGGUGGGAGUCCUUUCCUCUGACCCGGUGCAGAGAAAGGUCAGACUUCGCUUGACCGCGUUGUAUCCGCAAUGGAGCUUUUACGUCACCGCCCUGGCAAGGCCGUUGCGGACGCUCGAGACGCCACUGCUGCAGACUCUGCUGAUGCCCGAGCCGGCAACGUCGAUGGGCUUUGGGCUCCUGACUUUGGAUCAGGGCCGCCGUUUGCUCUGCCUCCUUCAGGACGAGGCCCUCGCACAGGAGGUGCCGCUGGUCGGGGUUUGGGUCGACCAAAGGCACGAGACUCACGAGGAUCUACAGAGCCCAGCAGGCUCGCCAGCUGCCUGGGCAGCGGCUGCUCACUUCGUCAAGCGGAGGCAAGCACGGGAGAAAGUUUGGGUUGAGAAGGAUACCUUUCUUGUCAUGUCAGUCGUCCAAACCAGGGCGACGCCGGCAAGCUCCCGAUCAACGCAGCUGUUGUUCUCAGAAUUUCGCUUCGAGGAUGUCCCUGGCGAAGAGGGGCUGUACCUUGCGUCCGUGGAUUUCGACGAGGACCAGGCUGGUCGCAUUCCCGAAUUGAUGUUCCUGGACACCUUUACGGCCGACCAACGGGAGCUGGCGAAGAUCGCUGGAGGAGCCGUGGCGUCGCCAGAGGUUCUUCUUUCGCCGGCUUGGGAGGCAGAGCCGCGAUCAACCCAAAGUGAGGAGGCGGAAGCUGCGGAGGCGGACACCGCCUCCGGGCCACUGGAGCUGAGGACUGAGACUGGGACUGCCGCUGCCGCAGAAGCUUCGACGCCGCCUCUCGCGCGGCCCGGGGAAGCCGAAGAGCCGAGAAGAGUUUUGCCCCGGCCGGCAGCAGAGGAGUGCCGACGCUGUGGCACCAGCUUCCUCGGCGAAGCUGCCUUCUGCAGCAAUUGUGGACUGCGUCGCCCAGCACCGUCGCCACCAGACGUGCCGCCUCAAACGCAUCUGUGGACGCCUGGAGCAGACUUAUGCACCAGUCCCAGCAAAGGGCGCUUCUCCACACCUGCUGUGCAGCCAUCGACACCUUCAUCCCGGAGGUCUGAUGCAUCUCGCGAGGACGGUAUUUCUUUGAGACAGAUUGUGGGCCAGCAGCAGCAGCAGCUGGGUCUACUGCAGUCGCAGCUGCAGAGCGUUCAGCAGCUUCUUACGCACUUGGUGACGAAGGGAUCUUCGCCCCGGCUUUCUGACGAGCCGGUCAUCAAGGCUGAUGCUGCUGUUCAUGCUGCCAUAGAUGAGGUGAAGGCGAAGGUCAGCGUUGCCCAUGUGCAAACCAGCCCGCGUGCCGUGAUCAGCACCGGGCUGCAAGCUUCAGCAACGAUGCAAGACGUCGCUGUGAACACUGUGCCUCCAAAGCCAGAGACGCGACCGAAAACGCCGGUGCCAUCGGUGCCCAUGCCGCCAGCGAUGCGGGAUUCUGCGGACACAGCUGGAGGUGCCAGCCCGCGCUGUCUUCCAGAAGCUCCGGCACCGACGAUCCGGGGGCAGCUGGAGCCGUCCUGGAAUCCACAGAUGGUUGGUGUGCCGCGCAUUCUGUGUCCCUCCGAUCUCUCUCUGUUCGGCUCAGACGACGAUUGCGGGGACGGCGAGUUGUCGGAUGGUAGCAUCGAUCUGAUGUCCGGCGACUUCACACUAGAGCCCGUUCGCUGA